AGAUGUGCUUUUGUAAAAAAUCACACUUAUCUUGAAUAACAUUAUUGAUAAAGGUAAACAAGCAUAACCUAUUCACAUGGAUGUCAGUCACUGCUUCAGCCUUCCCUGAAGUACAAAUCCAAGUAUUUUGUAGUAUUUAGGACUUAAUUUGCUAUGAAAUCAUAAGGCAUAUAUAUUUCAAAUAUUUUAUUGUUUUGAUUAUAAAUAAAUAUGCCCAUUGUAAAAAAUGAGAAUUGUGUUUUUCAUAGUGUGAAAGUAUAUGUAACAUAUAUAGUACAUGCAUUUUUUCUGGUUUUAGUAAGUAAAAGGAUUAGUAUUAUGUUAGAUUUGUAAUGAUAGAUUAGAUUUUUGCUUCCUCUGAUGGGGUGAUGGUCAAGGUAUAGGAUUGGAUUUUAAUGGUGUUUCAGUGAACAUGAGAAAGAGACAAGAUUUUAAUCAAAUUUGCAUUGUGGGUCAUGUUUUCACCUUGGGCAAUUCAAGGCAGGUAAAUAUUUUCAAAAAUUGAGACACAUGGGAAACAAAAUAUGAGAACAUUAUAUUCUUAGAUGUAUUUUGGACUCUUUAGUCAAGAAAGUGUGUUUUUUGUUGUUUGUUUGUUUAACCCCAGAGUGGAUCUGCUAUAACAUUUUUUAUGGCAACCCAGAGGAGUUUACCUGCCCUGGGAUUGAUCAUACAUAUAUUGUGCUUCUCUAGCUUUGUGUUAGAGCAACUGAAAGUUAUGGUGCUCUUUGUGGUGGAUCAAAUCUUAAGUUUUCUAUUAAAUAUCAUCUUUUAUGAAAUAGUUAUAAAAAAGAUUAUUUGAUUUUUAUUGUGGACUGCCUUAUGGAAGGAUAAUUUGAGAACUAUUAUUUAUGUUAUAAUAAGGACUUAAAAAUAUACCUCAAAGGGUGUAUUUAGUCAGUUAGGGAUAGGUGCAUCUUAAGAUAGUUCACAUGGUGAUUUUACUACUGCUACCUUUCAAAUUUUUUUCAUUUUUCUUUGAUGUAUUCCUUCAUACUAACCUAUUCUGAGAGAAACAGUUAUGCAAAAUGAAGAUGGUAGAAUGGCACGUGUACAGAAAUAAAACAAGGAUAAAAGCCACCAGAAACUCUGGUUAGGUUGGAAAGGAGGAGCUAUGUAGAAGAUAAUGCUUAUGAUCCUGAUGUGAAUGCUAAACAAAUAUGGAUUGACAAGACAGUGAUAAAUGAACAUAUAUGCUUGACAUUCACUGAUAAUGGGAAUGGUAUGACUUCAGAUAAAUUACAUAAAAUGCUAAGCUUUGGCUUCAGUGACAAAGUCACCAUGAAUGGUCAUGUCCCCGUUGGAUUGUAUGGGAAUGGCUUCAAGUCAGGUUCUAUGCGCUUGGGUAAAGAUGCAAUCGUUUUUACCAAAAAUGGAGAAAGCAUGAGUGUGGGCUUCUUGUCUCAGACCUACUUGGAAGCUAUAAGAGCAGAGCACGUUAUUGUCCCAAUAGUGUCUUUCAACAGGCACCGACAGAUGAUUAAUUUAGUAGAAUCAAAAGCGAGCCUUGCCGCAAUUCUGGAACAUUCUCUGUUUUCCACGGAACAGAAGUUACUGGCAGAACUUGAUGCUAUUAUGGGUAAGAAGGGGACGAGGAUCAUCAUUUGGAAUCUUAGAAGCUACAAAAAUGGAGCUACCGAGUUUGAUUUUGAUAAAGAUAAAUACGACAUCAGAAUCCCUGAUGAUUUAGAUGAGACAACAGGGAAGAAAGGCUACAAGAAGCAAGAAAGGAUGGACCAGAUUGCCCCUGAGAGUGACUAUUCCCUACGGGCUUACUGCAGUAUAUUAUAUCUAAAGCCAAGAAUGCAGAUCAUCUUACGUGGACAGAAAGUGAAGACACAGCUAGUUUCGAAGAGUCUUGCCUACAUUGAACGUGAUGUUUAUCGACCCAAAUUUUUAACAAAAACAGUGAGAAUUACUUUUGGAUUCAACUGCAGAAAUAAAGAUCAUUAUGGGAUAAUGAUGUAUCACAGAAAUCGCCUCAUCAAGGCUUAUGAAAAAGUUGGAUGUCAGUUAAGGGCAAACAACAUGGGUGUUGGAGUAGUUGGAAUUAUAGAAUGUAAUUUCCUAAAGCCAACUCAUAAUAAACAAGAUUUCGACUAUACUAAUGAGUAUAGGCUUACAAUAAUAGCACUAGGAGAGAAGCUUAAUGAUUAUUGGAAUGAAAUGAAAGUGAAGAAAAAUGCAGAAUAUCCUCUAAAUUUGCCAGUUGAAGAUAUACAGAAACGUCCUGAUCAGACAUGGGUUCAGUGUGAUUCCUGUCUAAAAUGGCGAAAAUUACCAGAUGGGAUAGAUCAGCUUCCAGAAAAAUGGUAUUGCUCCAAUAACCCUGACCCACAGUUCAGAAAUUGCGAUGUUCCUGAAGAACCUGAAGAUGAGGAUUUGAUGCAUCCCACUUACGAAAAAACCUACAAAAAGAAAGACAAGGAAAAAUUCAGGAUCAGACAACCGGAAAUGAUCACUCGGAUUAAUGCUGACCUGUUGUUUCGGCCAACCCCUGUCUCAAGCCAAAGCUUUUCUCCUGUGAAGGAAAAUGUUUCAAGAGGACAUCUUCCAGAAGCGGCAAAUACUUAUACAAGACUUAUAAAUAAUAAUCGAGUUUCAUCCCAGUCUGAACCCGAGAGCAACAGCCUAAAACGGAGACUUCCUGUUCGUUCCUCAAUUUUGAAUGUAAAGAAUCGGAGAUUGACUAAUCAAGCAUUUGAAAAUUCAGUUAAUAAAGAUGAUGAAGAUGUCAUCAUCUUAGAAGAAAACAGUACUCCCAAACCUGCCGUAGACUGUGACAGUGAAGUGAAAUUGGAGCAGAUCACCAUGGAGCCAAGUGGUAUUCGGGUUGAGCUUGUGCAUGAUCAGGAGCCUUGUGGCCAGAUUAGUACAAAAAGCACCUCCUUGUCCAGAUGUGAUCAGGGAACUACUGCAGCCACACAGACUGAAGUACCAAGUUUAAUUGUUAAAAAGGAAGAAACUAUUGAAGAUGAGAUAGAUGCAAGAAAUGAUUCAGCAACACUAUCAUCCUGUGUAGAUGAAGCAAAAAUACCUGAAACCCAGGAGACAUUUGAUAAAUCUGUAGGUGAGGCUGACUGCCAGUUAAAUGAACUGAAAAAUGAGCUACUUUUAGUCAUCCAAGAAAAAGAAAAUUAUAAAAGACAAUGUCAUAUGUUUACUGACCAAGUGAAAGUGUUAGAACAGAGAAUACUAGAAAUAAAUGACAAAUUCGUGAAGAAGGAAAUUUGCCAUCAAUCUACUGAAACUGAUGCUGUAUUUUUACUUGAGGGUAUUAAUGGCAAAUCUGAAAGUCCAGACCAUAUGGCUUCACAGUAUCAGCAAGCUUUGGAAGAAAUAGAAAGACUGAAAAAACAGUGUAGUGCUUUGCAACAUUUAAAGGCUGAAUGUAGUCAGUGUUCCAGUAAUGAGAGUAAAAGUGAAAUGGAUGAAAUGGCUGUGCAGCUUGACGAUGUAUUUAGACAGCUGGACAAAUGCAGUAUUGAGAGGGACCAGUAUAAAAAUGAGGUUGAAUUAUUGGAAAUGGAAAAAUCACAAAUCCAUUUACAGUGUGAAGAACUCAAAACUGAAAUUGAACAAUUAAAAUCUACAAGUCAGCAAAUAGGAACAGAUGUUUCAACUUCAAGUAACAUUGAGGAGUCUGUAAAUUAUACUGAUGGGGAAAGCCUCAAACUUCGAUCUCUUCGAGUUAAUGUAGGACAACUGCUGGCCAUGAUUGUACCUGAUCUAGAUCUUCAGCAAGUAAAUUAUGAUGUUGAUGUAGUUGAUGAGAUUUUAGGACAAGUUGUCGAACAAAUGAGUGAAAUCAGCAGUACUUAAAAUGUAUUUUAUGUGAGAUAAUAAAAAUAUUUGCUCACUCCUUAUGGUUGUACUGCUUUCGAAAUAUAGACAGUAUGAUGGGUAACAGACUGAAGAACCAUAGUAUUUACUGUAUUCUAUGCAUUCAAGUGUGGCCACAAAUAUCGCGGACACAUUAUCAUAUCUUUUUAAAUACCUGUGAAUUGUUGGUAUUGAGCAGCAGAAUAUCUGAUUCAAGGUUUUGUUUUAAAAUAUAACUAUUUGUAAUUAAGUCUGCACAUAUUUUUUUAUUGCCCUAGAGGACUUUAGUGUUUUUCACCAAGAGGUUUUCAGGUUGCCCCUAAUCUUUGUGCAAUCUUUCUGGUUUCCCAAAGUGUAUUUUUCUCUGAAUUGAGGGCUGUGCCAUAAUACAAAUGGAAAUGUUACCUUUGAUUUUCUUACACCCGAGUUUAAGUAGGAUUUUAAAAAAUGUGUUGACACCCCCAAUGAGUCUAGUUGUAAGUGAAUUGAGCAUUAAUGUCUCUUUUCUAUAAAGUCCUAUCUUCUGAAGUAUUCGAUUCAUGCAAAUAAAGUAAGCAGAAACUGACUCCAUUUUGCCAGGAUCUUUCUUGUUCUGAGAUUGCCAAUCAUGGUUAAACAUGAAGUGUUUUUAUAGACCAUAGAAAUGAUCUUUAGUAUAAAAAAAAAAACACAAAAAGUAUUGAAGAUAUUAAAUGUACCG